AUGUGGUGCCUAUUCGAGGCACACACGGAGGCCAAUGUCGGGCGCGGGGCCACCGUGCGCUUCCGUGGCUACACCCAAGCAGUCAGCCAGCACUUCGUAAAGCGGAAUGCAGGCAAGAGCCUGAAGGUCGGCGCCCGGGCUCUCAAGAAGACCCAUCGGCAUUUCGUCAGCGCGGGCAGUGUCAUGCAGGCGAUGUACAGGAUGCUCCACCUUGGGACUCCACACAAGAUCACGCAGAAGCAGUUCGAUGAGGCGGCGCUCCAGACUGGGUGCAAGGGCCUGACUGCCUUUGCGGCCCUGCCGUACGUCGACCUGUCGUGCCUCUUCACCGUCUCCCUGCCCUGCCCUGCCCUGCUGUUCGGCCUGGUCAGCGACUUUGUGGACUACACGCUGAGGUCGCUCAAAGACAUCAAGCCAGCAGACCCAGAUGCCAAGCUGGUCAUGUCUCGUGAAGCACGCCAGCGGGUCGCGGCCCGCGGCCAGUUCCUGGUCGUGACUUCGGACUUCGGGCGGCGGUACAAAUGCAUCAUGCAGUACCGCAAGAGCUACCGCAUGGAGGACUGGCUGAACUUCGUUGAGACGUUCUCCAGCUACAUCUUCAAGGGGGACGUGCUGCCCGAGGCCUUGCGGGCCCUGUGUUGGAGCCUGUGCAGCACGGUCACGCACUACUUCUGGCUGCGGCCCCCCGAUGAGACCCGUGAGCAGUUCCUGGUGGCAGCCAAGGCGGCUGCAUGCAAGCUCAGAGCUUACACGACCAGGCUGGAGGAGUUGGAGGUGCCGGGCUACAUGUUCACGGUCAACCUGCAUAUCUGCGUAUGCUGGCUGUACUCCGACCUGCCGGUGGAACGCAUGAUGCAGCAAAUGAAGAUGCAAGGCGGAAGGAUGGUGUCACAGGCACCCGAGAAGCACUACGCGCAGUGGCUGUGCCUGAUGCGGGCCUCCGAGUCGCUCACCGAGGCAGACCCCGGGACCGGGGCCAAACACACGACCAACCAGCAGCUUGAGAGGAUGUUGGCACGGCGCGCAGUGAACACCGAGGCUGCCUGGUUUGAUAAACCAGGAGCCAACGGUUACCUGCUUGGACGAGGCCACAUGGUCUACCCAAGUCCAGAACGAGUGGCACAAGUCCGGGCAGCCAUGGCGAGCCUAGUGCACUGGUAUGCCCUGGCAUUCGAGGAUGUGGCUUCCUGGACAUUGGGUCCCAGUGCGAGCUACGAACUGGACACGGACCGCCUGGAUAGGGUUCUCAUGUCUACACCACCUGACUGUCCCAAGGCCCGCUCCUUAUUGCAUGCCGAGGCACUCGACGAGGAGCAGUACUUCGGGGCUGAGUAUGGGCGCCAGCAGCAGCGGAUCUCCUGCUGGGCAUGCUACCAGGCAGAAGUCGGCAACAAGACUCGGACGUAUGCGGCCUACCUCAAGCACUUCGUCCACCUGCCCGCAGAAGAUGGCGCUCAGGAUGUCCGAUUCACUGUCGCAGAUGUGUACUCGGGACAGGUGUUCAGCGAGGGGCUGGUGGUGGUCAACAUGGCGGCCGCCCAGACAGCGAGGGCAGGCAGCCAGUGGGAGAUGUGGCAGGACCUAGGGCUGCCGCUAAGCCACCUGAUUUGCCGCCUUAAGGCAAGCUUGUGUAUGGCCCUCUACAAGACGGGGGGCCCUGACGAGGAUACCACCAACUACGAUGCGUUCAAGGAGUGGGUCGGCGAGGUGCCAAGAGCGGCUAAGGGCGCAGCUGGCAAGCGCAGGCGGGGUGGCGGUGAUGACGACGACCUGGGUGCGAGGUCGGGGUGCAAGGUUGGAAAUAAACGGCAGAAGGGGAACAAGGGCGCAGGCCGGGGCAGGGGUGCAAGCAAGGGGACCACCAGAGGGCGUGGACACAGCAGCGGCAGGAGAACUGGGCGCGGGACAGGGCGCGUGGACAGCAACACAGGCGGUGGAGCCGAGGAGGCAUUGGUGUAUGGAGAGAACGAUGCAAUUCAGGACGAGGAUACCACCAACUACGAUGCGUUCAAGGAGUGGGUCGGCGAGGUGCCAAGAGCGGCUAAGGGCGCAGCUGGCAAGUGCAGGCGGGGUGGCGGGGCCCCUGGUGCCAGUGCUCGUCCUUUCCUGGGACAAGCCACCCACAGCGUGACACCCCAUCAGGAUGUUACACUAUGGGCAGUUCAUCCAGAGAAAUUUUCAAUUGUUGACAGCUGUUAG